CGUGGGAAGCCGUAAAGCGUCGGAGGCGGUGCCGCCCCCGCUGGGUUCCCCCUCACGAUGGCGGGCACUGAACCGCGCGUGCAGUAUCUGGCGGGCUUCUCCUGUCCGCUCGGAGGCUUGGCGGCGGGCAAGCCCCGUGUGCUGUGCCACGAGGCGGAGGUUUUCCUUUCCACGGGGAGCGAGUUCGUCUACGUGUACGACCAGGAGGGCGGGCUGCUGACCGCUGUGUACCAGUUCCCCGACCAGGUGUGGCACCUGCAGCUCCUGGCCCUUCGCAGGGCGCUCUACGUUCUGUGCGCCCGGAGAGGCAUCUACUGCCUGUCAUUGGAGCCUCCGACAAGAAGGUCUGCGAGCCAGACAAAUGAGGACAACGAGGACGGUGAACUCCCUUCCCCAGUGAUCACUGUGGACCCAGAUGCCUGCGUCCUCCCAGAUACCACGCUCUGCGCGUUCACUGUACAUGAUGAUAUCCUCGUGGCCCUGGUCCAGGGCCCUGCCCAGUGGAAGAUGCAGCUGUUUGAGCGUCCUGGUCCGGGGGAGGACCGCUGGCCAGGAGGCCUGGUUGGUGAGGUGGAGUUAUCCACCUGCACCCCGCCAGCUGGGGUGCCAGGGAAGCUGACAGCCCCCUGCUUCCUGCCAGUGCUGUGCUGUGUGUCACCACCAGGCUCCGGGGUGCCAAGCGGCCAUCCCCAGGGCUGUGGGGGCUUCAUGUUGGAGGAGGCUCUCUUUGGGCUACUCUUUGGAGCAGAUGCCACCCUCUUGGAGUCACCUGUGAUCCUCUGUGGUCUCCCUGAUGGGCAGCUCUGCUGUGUGGUCUUGAAGGGUUUGGUCACCUCUAGGUCAGCCCCUGGUGACCCAAAGGCCCUUGUCAAGAUCCUCCAUCACCUAGAGGAGGCCAUCGUCUUCAUUGGGGCCUUGAAGACAGAGCCUCAGGCUGGGGAGGCUGUGGAGAGUAUGCCACCCUGUGAGGACGUGUACUCAGACUGUUUGGUGGCCCUUGGUCACCAUGGACGGACAUUGGCCGUCAAAGCCAGCUGGAACAAGUCAGGGAAUCUGGUACCAGAGCUUCGAGAGUAUCUCCUCCCAGGGCCUGUGCUCUGUGCUGCCUGUGGUGGAGGCAGCCGCAUGUACCACAGCACCCCUUCAGACCUCUGUGUGGUAGACCUGGCUCUCGAGGGCACCCCCUUGAACUCCCAGCACCCACAGUGUGGAGCCCCUGGAGGCCUGCCCCCCAUGCUAUGCCCAGCCAGCUUGAGCAUCUGCAGUGUCCUUACUCUCUCUGUGUUAUCUGGGACACCUGCAGGUGGCACUGAGCUCCUGGCCCUGUCGGCCAAAGGCUGCCUGAUGACCUGCCGGCUAGACCUGAACUCUGAGAGGCCUGGUCCCACCAGAAUGACCACAGAAAACGCAGGCCGGAAAAUCAAGGAACUUCUCUCUGGCAUCGGCAACGUCUCUGAGAGAGUGUCCUUUUUGAAGAAGGCUGUUAAUCAACGGAACAAGGCCUUGACGAGCCUCAACGAGGCCAUGAACGUGAGCUGCGCCCUGCUGUCCAGCCGGGAGGGCCCCCCACCAGUCUCGUGCACCACCACCACUGCCUGGAGCCGCCUGCAGCUGCAGGACGUGCUGAUGGCCACCUGCCUGCUGGAAAACAGCAGUGACUUCAGCCUGGACCAGGGCUGGACCUUGUGCAUCCAGGUGCUCACCAGCUCUUCUGCCUUGGAUCUGGACUCUGCCGGCUCGGCUGUCACCUACACCAUCCCUGUGGACAGGCUCAGCCCCGGCAGCCAGCGCGAAGUGACGCUGCCCCUGGGCCCUAGUGAAAGUGGGGUGCUCGACUUGCCUGUGACCGUGAACUGCACGCUCUUCUACAGCCUCCGGGAGGUGGUGGGUGGGGCCCUGGCUCCCUCCGAUCCCCUCGAGGACCCCUUUCUGGAAGAGCAGCCCCUCGACCUCCUUCCAGAGCAGGAGGGCAUCUGCUUGCCCCUGAGCAGGCACACGGUGGACAUGCUGCAGUGUCUGCGUUUCCCCAGCCUGGUCCCACCCCACGGGCACGUAGCCUGCCCCCUUGCCCCUGCCGCCGACCUGGUGGACACCUUCCUGGAAACAUGCCGUGCUCCAAGCAGUGACCUGGCAGGCCCCGCAGCCCUGCGGGCUAAGUACCUCCCACCUUCCAUAGCCUCCAUCCGAGUGUCGGCAGAGCUGCUCAGGGCUGCCCUGGAGGACAGUCACUCAGGUGUCCCCCUCUGCAGUGCCACCCUGCAGUGGCUCCUCGCAGAAAAUGCUGCCCUGGACAUCGUGAGGGCCCAAGCACUGUCUUCCGUUCAGGGCGUGGCCCCCGACGGCACUGACAUCCACCUCAUCAUCCAAGAGGUGGCCGUGACUGACCUCUGCCUAGCAGGGCCCAUCCAGGCUGUGGAGAUCCAGGUGGAGAGCUCCUCUUUGGCUGACAUGUGCAGGAUACACCACGCCAUUGUUGGGCGCAUGCAGGGCCUCCAGACACGGGCUCCCACCUCAGGAUGCAUCCCCCCAACCCAUGUCCCCCAGACGAUGGUCAUGGAGCAGGCUGCCCGGGGCUCCAGCCCACCUGACCUCCGUGUGCAGUAUCUCCGCCAGAUCCAUGCCAACCAUGAGGCGCUGCUGCGCGAGGUGCAGACCCUGCGUGACCGACUGUGCACGGAGGAUGAAGCCGUCUCCUGCGCCACAGCCCAGCGGCUCCUCCAGGUGUACAAGCAGCUGCGCAGCCCAAGCCUCGUCCUGCUGUGAGCAGCUGCUGGACCACUCCUCACGGCAGCUGCUCUUCCUGCUGAGCCGGCUGUGCACAGGACGCUCCACCAGACGCUGCAGACCACGAUCGGGACCACUGCCGGCCCAGUGGGCAGGCCACGGAGACAGGGAUUCUGGGGUCGGGACUGGGGGUUUGUGACUGUGGUCCCUGCUCUUCCCACCACACCCCAGGAGCACCAAGGCCCCUCUGGGGCUACUGGGAGGGAAGGUGCUCCCUGCAACCAAAGCACAAAGCCCUGCCUGCUGCACCGUGGAGGGGCCGUGGUGGCCUGCAGCCAGAACCUCAGCCCGGCCCUGUGCUCUCUUCAGGGCCACCUGGGUGUGGGGCUGUGGCCCAACUGCAGCCUGCCCUUGGCCUGGUGCUGUUUUUACUACUGGGGGUGACUGUGUAUCUGGACCUUGUGGCGCUCCAUGCCCGCUCCUGCUGUGAGCCGUCUGUGAUGUGUAAGGUGCUCUGCUGACAAGUGACCCUUUUGGUUGACUCUA